CCCCAUAGAAAAUAACCAACCGAUCUCGUUUGCGAUAAAAAAGAAACCUAUCCAUGUCAACCGCGGAUGAUUAAAAAAACAUAUCAACGUAUCGCUACGCCGAAUUUCCUUACAUACACGCCACAGUAGGGAACUCGCAAACAUCGGCUACAAUACGAACUUUUUUAAUUGUCCUCCCCCACUUCUCUAUGGAUUGGUAUAGUCCCAACAUCGACGACGACAUUAGACAGAUGAUAUGAUGGAGAACCUUUCGAUACACGAUCUGCCCCCCCAACCCGGCCCUGCCCAACCAGCCGGUGGCCCUAUGCCACAGGGAUUGGGACGGGGUGCCCCUCCUCCACAGCCUCAGCAACUUCCCCCGCAAAUGUUCACCACGGCUGCCCAAUUACUCGACCUAACCGAUAAAAAGCUUCUAGUAUGCCUACGAGAUGGUAGAAAAUUGACUGGUGUACUGCGAAGUUGGGAUCAAUUCGCGAACCUAGUCCUCCAGUCCACCAUCGAACGAAUAUAUGCUACCACAUCCGACCCCUCAGAUCCCCAGCCGAAGGGUUUAUAUGCCGACCAAUCCCAUGGCAUCUUCCUAGUUCGAGGCGAGAACGUGCUCCUUCUUGGCGAAAUCGACCUCGACAAGGACGACGAGACACCUCCCGGCUUCGAGAAAGCCGAAUUUAGCGUGGUAGAGAAGCUAGCGAAGGAACGGAGAGCGGCUGAAAAAGCCAAGGAGAAGGCUAAGCUGAAGAAGCUUGCUACACUCGGGUUUGAAGGCGAAAACUUGGGAGAGAUCCUACUCUAGGGGAGAGAGGAUAGAACAAAGGACCUGUCACGGGCUAUUCCGGAGGGGGUUCAAAAGAAUAUGCCACACGAGGGAGGUGUUAUACCUGCGAUGGAUUAAGGGACAGAAUAUUGUGAAAUGUCUCCCCAUUAGCCUCAGCCUUACUAGUAAAUUCGAGGACUAGAGAAGUCUGCUGGCGUUCAAACGCCAUACGAGCAUUGAUGUUGGUAGCCGGAUCUACUUCGAAGCACAAUGGAUAUUCCAUGCAUUUGUCUCUCAAGGGUCGCCAACUCAAUGCUCCUAAAUUCAGGAGAUGAAUACACUAGCCUCGUGAUGAGGCCCUCCCAAUACUAAGAACUCGCUUAUAGUCUCCUAACCCAUUUAAAAUGGAGCGAAUAUAAACCUGCUUCAAGUUUCAUCUCUACUGAUAAAGAUAUAGCCAUCAAAAUAGUGGUCUAAUCAGAAUGCGUAUUUAUAUCA